CCGGAGGAAGAUAUCCUCAAAGGCAAACAGUCCAUCAGAAGUCAUGCACUGGGAAAUCAGAACUCUGAGAGUGAGAUAUUGUUGGAUGGCGACGAUGACACUCUAUCAUCCUUGGAGGAGAAGGAAUUGGAGAACCUAACAGGUAACGCAUGCAGCUCAUCCGUUUCAUGUCCCAGCGCGCAUCAACUAGAGGGGGCUGGGAACGCACGUUAGUUGAAUCCUCCUCCUCCCGCCUUUAAACCGUCUCCAUUGCUAACGCGUGUGGGUGCUGGUAGGGGUACUUUGAGGCACGCAUGCAGGGUAACGGGGCUCCCGAACGGUUAAUAAGGGGGGAUCACCCCCCCCCCCCCCCCCCCCCCCAGCGCCUCCCAUUACCCCUGAAGUCUCUCUCAUUAUGCUUCUGUGAUCGCUCUGGGUUUGCAUCUUCGCUGAGCCUCGACUCUACCAACAAGCUUGUGUAAUAUGAUUCAUAGUUAGCUUUUGACACAGUAAUUAUUUUAUUGUUUUAAUAAUUGAGAGGUUGAGAAUACGCCUAUAAUUGAAGAAGUGAACUGUGCAUUUUGUUUAGAUGUUUUGGCCUCGACGUCCAUUUCUAUUUUGAAGCCUUCCUCUGACUUACUUUAUGUUAAAUGUUAAAUUUGUCCCCAUGACAAGUGCGAUAUUUUGACAGCAUGCAUCCCAUGAAGGCCUAUUUUAUGAUUGGGCAUAGUGUAUAGGUGCACUGCGCGCGGCUUUUAGCUAACCGCUAUUAUUUUCACAUUUUAGAAUAGCACUAUGGACCUAAAACAUUUUCUGUGUCUUUAGUUGUUUAUGACUGCUCUAAAUGUGCAGUUUUCCUAUAUGAAUCCAUGUAGAAUAAAUAGUAUAGGCCUAGAUCAAAACGACUGUAGGCCUUGCGGUUAACAAGACUCAAACACAUAAAAUGACGUUGCUGUCCAAUUUCUUAUCCACUUUAAAUCCAUUAUCUCACACCCUUAUUUAUGUUAAUGUGGUUCCCUAUACUUGGAAAUCCUAAAGGCCUAUUAGUUAUGUUACUAAUCGGAUUGCAUCCUAUAUAAUCCUCAAUAUCCCCACAUCAUGGCUUUCCACUAUAACAUGUUCACCCACUGUAGCCUAAUAUAAAUGCGCUCAGAGCGCAAUUAUAUAAAAACACAACGCCCACGAUGACAAUAGGAUUAAGGGGAGAUCCCAUGCCUAAUAAAGUGACAUGGAUUCUGAAAUGAAGUGGAAAUUGUCAUGUGGGUCUCAUACUCCUCUGACAAGACAGACAGACAGGACGCAGCGUCCCAGUACAGGCAGCUGUCUGUCUGAACAACACCAGGUGUAAUUGAAUGUCUCCAUGGCAGUGAUUGAAAAAUGUUAUUUCACCCCCGGAUUACAUGCUAAUGCUUACAAUGCUCUGAGGGCUAAGGGGGGAGAGAGGGGGAGACGGCAACAAAUGAACAUAUCUGUUUAUUCCAUAGCCAUUCGUUUCUGAAAGACGUGGGUGCUUUGGGGAAAUCAAGCCGGGCUCUGAAGCCCUUUUCUGCCGCGCUGCACAUCUGCAAAUACAAUGCUUCUGCACACGUGGAGAGCGGGGCCAGAGCCGUAAGAGCUUACGCGUUGCUCCCCGGAGCGGCCUUCUCGUUGUCAUACUGGCAUAAAUUAAGAUUGAUGAGAGAUUAAACAGACGAAGCACCAGCCCGCAAUCAAUGGGGCCUGAUUGACAGCUGAUUCUAUUUUUUGACAAGGCUGGUCUGUCUUGGGUUACGCAGAUGCUGAUAUUUUAUUUUACUCAGCGGGUCAAACCACCUUUCCCUGCCUGUAGUCUAAGUACAAAGAGGAACUGUUCAGAUCAUGGUGAUUCUGGUACCAGUUCUUAUCAAUACGUCAUAUUAUAUCUAAAUCGAUCUAGCAAGGAAAUUAGGUCUAAUAAUAAUGCUAAUAAUAAUUGUACAAUGUAAAUUGCAUUCCUAAUUUAAAUUGCAGUUACAUAAUGCAGUUGCAUGCAGUUUUAGGCUAUAGAAAUAAUACAAUUGAGAAUUAUAUUUAUUUUUCUUCUUGACCUUGCUUCUGAUAGAUAUGCCUAUACAACCGACCCAUAGCCUAGAGCAAAUAUUUUCCCUCAUUAAAAAUGCAUAUGUGGCCUUUACUAUAUUGUUAUGGUCUUUUCACGGAGACAAAAAGAGCCAUCAAAGUCAGUGUGUGCCCUUGAGUUUAUAUGUUUACUUUUACACGCUGUUGCUCUCUCUGUUUUCUCGAGGAGGGGAAGGGGGUGAUUUUUGUAAAGCGCGCUAAUGUUUGCUUUCUGGCCCGUGCCGUUGUUGGGCCCUGUCUGUCUCCUAGGCCCUGUAAACAUGAGCACUAGCGCUCAGCUGGUCGCCCCGGCCGUGGUGGUGAAAGGAACGCUGUCCAUCACCGCGUCUGAACUCUACUUCGAGGUGGAUGAAGAAGAGGCCAGCUUUAAGACGAUCGAUCCAAAG